AUGGCAAAAUUUAUAGCCACACUUAAAGCUAUAAUUACAAGAAUAAUGUUUGGUGCACAUGGAGCUUUAGCGAUUUGGCAAGUGACUCAAUAUAAGAAGAAUCCGAUUUAUUGGAGUCUUAGCACACCAAUCGGACUUCUAGCAUUAGAAGGAAUUUUCACUUUGGCUAUUAAAAAGAAUCAGGAAUGGAGAUGGUUCUGUCCUUCAGUUUUCUUAUAUUUGAGCUCUGUGGUUCCAGCAAUUUGGCUUUUAGAAUUGGAUAAAGUUGAGAAAAGACACAAGAUUCAUGAAGAUACAGCAGCAGCAUUCAGUCUUGCGGCUGCAACUGCCGAUCUUAAGGAACUUGAUAAAUUAUUGGGAGUUAAUAUAAAACUUCCAGAGCUUAACAAACCAAGAGGUGCAUCAAGCCACGAUGCCGCAGACGAAGAAUCGAACACCUGUUGUUCUGAUUGUUGCUGCUCAAUUGAUAUUUGGGGAAUAGCACUCAACAUAAUUUUGCAGGAUGCACCUUUUCUGACUUUUCGGCUUUUAAUUAUCAUUCACUACAAGAUAAUCAGCUAUAUGAACGUCUUCUUCACAUGCAAGAACACGUUGGUGAUUCUACUUCAACUAUAUCGUCUGUAUGUUGUAUUUAGUGAGACAAAGAAAAGUGCAGCAAUGAAGAAGAAACUAAAGUAUCAGAAUGAAAGAUACACAAAAGCGUCCAAAGACUUGAAUCUCCUUCAUUUCUUUAGGAAAAAUGAUGAUAGCGAUGACAGUGAGGAUAAGAGACGAGACAAGAAGAAAAGCAAACGAAAGGAUACAGGAUAUGGAACAGCUGGAUCUUCAUAUGAAGAUAAAAAGAGAAAUCGUGAUAAAAAGAAGGAAAAGAGAAAAUCUCGAAAGGAUGACGAAGACAAUGAAAAAACAAAGAAGCGAAGGAGAAGUCGUGAAAGCUCAAAGGAACAAGAGGAAACAAGAUCAAAACGUCAUUCAAAGAAAGACAAAAUUGUGGAAGAAACCGAGUCAGAAAGUGACUCAGCAAGUGAGCGUUCGCAAAAGAAGAAGUCUAAGAAAAAAAGAACCUCAUCCUCAAGUUCGAGUUCUUCAGAAUAACUUGGAUAUUUUUAAAUGGUAUAAAACAUUUGUGUCUGCUCGUCUCAAACGUGACUUUAUUGUGAAAUAUUAUUAAUUGGAUUAAACAGCAUCACAUCAUGGUAAUUGACAUCUUUUCAACCGUGAGUAAGUUGUGAUGACACACUUAAAAUUUGACAAAAUACAAUAUUUUGAUUGCAAGCCAUUCGAGAGUGACUUAAAUGCAUGCAAAUUUAGGGAAAAAAAAUUUUUUGGAUAUAAUACUUUUGCAAAUAACAAGC